AUGGCGUCAGGCAUGGCGCAUAUGGCGUUCCAAGUAGCAGCAGCAGGCGCCGAGGGGCUCCUGGCGAUAGCCCUCGGGCCCGACAAGGCCGAGGAGGCUCUUUCUUGGGGCUACUACGCGGCAGGAGCUGCGGUGGGGACUGUGGAGGCCUUCUGCGCCGCCUACAAGCGGCUAGGCAGCGUGGCAAUUGCGCCGGCCGAGGACAGGGGCGAUGAUGCGGGCGCAGCGCUGAUGACCGGGGAGGUGGCCGCCGCAUCGCCGUCGGAGGGCAGCAAGGCAUCGACGGCGCCUGCCGCCAUCACAAUCCACGUGGUGGCUGGCGACAUCCAGGAGGGCAAGGCCGCGGAGGGGGGCGUGCAGGAGGAGGCAGAGCUGGUGUCCUGCGUGGACGCCGACAAGCAGGAUGUGCGGAAAGGGGAUUGUGUCCUCAUCACUUUCUUCCCGGAGGGUGAGGGCACCUGCCAUGCCGGCCGCGGCCAAGUGUACAGGUUUCAGUUGGACGCCUUCCCCUCCAACCCGCCGAACACUGGUGCUGGCUCGCGGAGCCGCCCCAGCUCACCCGCCAAGGGCAUGCCAGCUGGUGAUGACGACCAGCAGGGUUCGUUUGACGACAUCAGCUCCGCCGCGCACGCCAGCGUCGAGCUCGGAGGCACCACCACGGCGUGCACGGACAUCGCGGGCGCGCGGCUCUGGGCGCCGCAGGCGGAGCCUCGGCUGCUGGAGGCCGCCGCCGCCCCCCUCAGGGCCGCCACGCAGCAGGAGGACGGCGGCGCGCGCGGCGGCGCGGAGGGCGGGCUGCCUCCCCAUGCGCUGGCCAAGUACACCGAAGCGGCAAACAACCUGCCGGCUCACUCUUCCAGGUACAAGAUGAUUGUGAACCCCGAGGACGGCUCCCUGACGGUGACCGUCUACAGGCAGCGCGUGCGCCUCGGCCACGCCUGCCAGGAGGCGCUCCACAAGAUCAGCAUCGAGCACCCAGACUUCUCGGCCCUGGUGUGGGGCAAGGAGGGGGAGCUGAUCCGCGGCGACGUCAUUCCGAACGGCACCGCCGCCAAUCUCGAGUUACUGGAGGUGGCCUUCCGCGGCUGCCUCCACGCGCUGGACGUGCUGCGGCCCGCCCUUGGCCCGGGCGCCGCGUCCAUGGCCACAGACAUCGCGCCUGAGCUGAUCGAGCAGCAGCAGCAGCAGCAGCAGCAGCAGCAGCAGCAGCAGCAGCAGCAGCAGCAGCAGCAGCAGCAGCAGCAGCAGCAGCAGCAGCAGCAGCACGGCCAGCACUGCCGCCAUCAGGCCUCUGCAGGGCCCCAGCAGCAGCAUUGGGAGCGGGCCGCCGAGUCGCGACAGGCGGCCAGCUACGCGACCGGCCAGCAGCCCCGCGCCUCUGCAGCGCCGCGGCCCAUGGCGAUGCCGCUCAGCAGCGGGGGGUGGCCGGCGCAGGAGCUGGCUCCAGCGGUCGCGGCCUCGAACGGCGCCAGGUGGUGGAGGCAGAAAUGA